GCAUGGAGUUUGGUGAUGCAUGAUCUAGUGCGAGAUAUGGGAAGAGAAAUUGUUCGCAUGGAAUCACCCCGAGACCCUGGAAAACAAAGUAGACUGUUCAACCCUCAAGAAGUCUGCGAUGUUCUACAAGCAAAUAAAGGUUCCAAAAAGGUAGAAGUAUUGAUGGUAGAUUCACAGGCAUUAAAGGGUGUGAACUUAAGCACCGACGCAUUUAAGAAAAUGAUAAAUCUUAGGGUGCUUAUAAUUGACGGCCAGUUAAAUAUCAGUGGAGAUUUUGAGCUGUUGUCCAAGGAGCUCAGAUGUUUGUCUUGGAAAGAAUGUCCUUUAAAAUGUAUUGGUCACUACCCAGUGUAAUCCCACAAUAGUGGGGUCUGGGGAGGGUAAGAUGUACGCAGCCUUACCCCUACCUGGGUAGGGAGGCUGUUUCCGAUUGACCCUCGGCAACCCUCCUCCUUUAUCCGGGCUUGGGACCGGCAAUGUGAGCGAGCUCACACAGGCGGAGUUUCUAGGUGAUAAACUUUAAAAUGUAUAUCAUCAAAUUUUCUAGGUGAUAAACUUGUAGUUCUGGAUAUGCGGGAGAGUGAUAUGCAAGAAUUUGGUUUGAAUUUUCAGUGUUGGAAGAAGUUGGAUCUCUCAGAUAGCAAGCGUCUCAGAAGAACUCCAAACUUCAACGGUUCACGAAGUCUUGAGACUUUAUGGCUUCAUGGUUGCUCAAGUCUGACGGAGAUCCAUCCAUCAAUUGGAAAUUUGGACAGACUAAUUGAUCUGGAUUUUUCUGGUUGCAAAAAGCUUACGGAUCUUCCGAGCAGCAUAUGCCGGCUAAAAUCAUUGGAAACCUUGGACAUUUGUCGGUGCUCAUCUUUACAAACGCUGCCAGUUGACCUUGGAGAUAUGCGAUGUCUAAAAUUUCUUGCUGCAAGUGAUACGGGUAUAAAACAAUUGCCUAGAUCUGUUGAAAUGCUAAAAGAUCUCAAAAAUUUGGAUGUGGGAGGUAAAUAUAUAGAGGCCAAAAGGAGUUUUUCCCGAAGAAGAGUCCCUCGCAUACAAUCCUUGUCUACCUUUCUUUCGUGUUUAGUCCUUAAAAACUGUGGUUUCUCUGAGGCUGAUAUUCCUAGGGAUAUUGGGAGUUUAUCCUCCUUGACAUAUUUAGAUAUGAGCGGCAACAGUUUCCUUUGAUUUUUCUAGCUUACAAUCUUUGAUGUUCUUGCAUUUGAAUGAUUGUGAGAAUCUUCAAAUACUCCCAUCAGUAUCAAAUUUAGCACGUCUUACAAUUUUGGAAAUUGCAAAUUGCAAGAAAUUGGUCAACAUUACAGGUUUGGACAACCUCCCGCACUCCAUGGUAUGAGCAUGCUUAAUUGUACUUCUCUGCAGAAUCCAUUCACUGAAGGCUUCUUUAGUUUUCAUGCUCCGGCAUUUCCAUCGGUUAGUCUCUCUCUCUCUCUCUCUCUCCCCCAUAGUAAUAAUCUUCCGUCUUCGUUUGAUGAAGCAGAGUUUAGAAAUUUAUCUCCAAAGCAAUGAGAUUCCACAUUGGUGCAACAAUCAAGUAACAUCUUCUUCUAUCUGCUUCACUAUGCCCACACAUAGUAAGGAGUAUACGUUUUUAGGAAUGAUUCUCGCGUGUGUUCACAAGUUUGCCAACAUACCCACUUCAAGAGGUUUCCAUUCGCGUAGCUUGAGCUUUAGUAUUGCCGGAAAACUGUUAUCGAGAGGCAACUGGGUUUAUGAUUAUGUAAUACCCGAUGGACAGGCAGAAUUAUUAUGUGUACUUUACAUGUCUUUCUUAGAAGAACCUUUUGAUUGCCAGAUGAAAGG